UCUGAUUACGCUCUGCUGUGUACGAUCGUCUAUUUUAUUUCAAUUGAAUUUUUUCCGUUGCAAAGAAGAAAACAAUGGCAGAUGUGGGAGGAGCGCUUCUCUCUGUUGUCUUCGAUGGUUUAUUAAAAAAAAUGAAUCGGGAGGUGCUUGACUUCUUUCGGGGACGAAAACUCGCCGAUGGGCCCUUAAGAAAGCUGAAGAUAGCAUUGCUGUCUGUCAAAUCGGUGGUCGAGGACGCGGAGGACAAGGAACUCACGAAGCCUGCUGUGAAAGAGUGGCUUGAUGACCUGAAAGAUGCUCUCUAUGAUGCAGAGGACAUCUUGGAUGAGAUUGAUACAGAAAUCCGGACACGCGAGUUGGCUGCUGAAUUUGAAACCACUGCAAUAAAGGUACGAAACUCUGUCUCUGCUUAUUUUAAUCCUUUUUUCAAGGAGAUGAAACCGAAGAUGGAAGAGGUACUUGACAGAUUGGAAUAUCUAGCAAAGCAAAAGGAUGUCUUAGGUCUAAGACCAGGUGUUGGAGGGAAAUCUUCAGAAAGAUUGCCCUCCACUUGUUUGGUUGAAGAAUCUGGUAUUUUUGGUAGGGAUGAUGAUAAGGAGAAAGUAGUUAACUUGUUGCUCUCGGACGAUGCAAUUGCUGGUGCGAUGAGUGUGAUUGGCAUAGUGGGUAUGGGGGGAAUUGGGAAGACCACCCUUGCUCAGCUUGUAUACAAGGACCAGAGGGUGAAUGAGCAUUUUGACCUGAAGGCAUGGGCGUGUGUUUCACAGGAAUUUGACGUGUUCAGGGUAACGAAAACAAUUCUAGAGGCAGUAACUUCGUCAAAUUGUGAUAUUAAGGAUCUGAAUCUGCUUCAAGUUACACUAAAGGGGAAGUUGAUGGGGAAAAAGUUCCUACUUGUUUUAGAUGAUGUUUGGAAUAGGAAUUAUGCUGAUUGGGAGCUUUUAAGUAGACCCUUUAAAUCUGGGGCACAAGGAUGUAGGGUUAUUGUAACAACACGCGAUGACAAUGUUGCAUUAGCCAUGUGGACUACUCUACCUUAUCAUCUAAACAAGUUAACAGAAAAAGAUUGUUGGUCGCUAUUUGCAAAAUAUGCAUUUCACGAUGGUAACCUUGAUGCCCGACCAGAGCUAGAGGUAAUAGGUAGACAAAUUGUGAAAAAGUGCCAAGGCCUACCUUUAGCAACCAAAACAAUUGGAUCUCUCUUGAGGUCGAAACUAGAUGUUGGUGAAUGGGAUAAGAUACUAAAGAGUGAAAUUUGGGAUUUAGCAAUUGACACGACAAACAUACUUCCUGGCUUAAGAUUAAGUUACAAAUAUCUACCUUCACAUCUAAAGGGAUGCUUUGCUUAUUGUUCAAUAUUCCCAAAGAAUCACGCUUUUGAAAAGGAUCAAGUAGUCUUGCUGUGGAUGGCUGAAGGUUUAUUGCAAGGACUCAAAAACAAAACAAUGGAAGAAGUUGGUAAUGAUUACUUUCUUGAUCUUGUAUCAAGAUCAUUGUUUCAACAAUCAAGUGAUGGAAAAUCAUGUUUUGUAAUGCAUGAUCUUGUCAAUGACAUAGCAAAAUCUGUUUUUGGGCAGUUUGUCUUUAGGUUGGAGGCUAAUUGUUCUCAAAAAAUUGUGAACAAGACUCAUCACCUGUCGUAUUUUAGAACAAGAUUUGAUGACUUUGAGAAGUUUAAGGCUCUUAACGAGGCUAAGCGGUUGCGCACUUUCCUGCCAUUAGAAUUUUCUAUCAUGGACAACAAUUUGACUAAAAAAGUACCACAUGAUUUAUUGUCAAAUCUGAGAUGUUUACGGAUACUCUCUUUGUCUCACUAUGAGAAUGUGACAAACUUGCCUAAUUCAAUUGGUAAAAUUAAACAACUACGCUAUUUGGACCUUUCUUUCACCUCGGUUAAAAGGUUGCCUGAUUCCAUGUGUCAGCUGAUCAAUUUGCAAACACUCAAGUUAUCAUGUUGUAACAAUCUUGUUGGAUUGCCAAGGGAUAUGCGUAAACUCAUUAAUCUACGGCAUCUUGAUAUUACUGGAACUGGCAUAAUGGAGAUGCCGAUACAAUUGGGCAGAUUAAAAUAUCUCCAUACAUUGACUACAUUUAUCAUCGGCAAAACUAGUGGGUCCUGCAUAGGAGAGUUGAGAAAACUUACAAAUCUUCGAGGAAAGCUUGCUAUUAUGAAUCUUCAAAAUGUUGUCUCUUCUAUGGAUGCUUUGGAUGCAUGCUUGAAGGAGAAGAAACACAUUAAGGAUUUGGUGUUGGAAUGGAAAGAUGAUAAUGUUGUUUUAAGAAGUCAAAGAAGUAUACUUGACAGUCUCCAGCCUCAUUCAAAUUUAGAAAGUCUUACAAUCAAAUAUUAUAGUGGGAACAGUUUUCCAGAUUGGGUAGGGCAUCAUUCAUUCUCUAAUAUAGCAUCUCUUCAUCUAUACGGCUGUAAAUAUUGCCUCAGCUUGCCACCACUUGGGCAGCUACCCUCGUUGCAAGACCUUUCUAUUAUUCACUUUGAUGAAGUUGUUAUAGUGGGUCGUGAGUUUUAUGGCAACAAUUCUUCAAUGAAGCCAUUCAGAGCCCUGAAAGUUUUAAGGUUUGAGCGGGCAUUGAAGUGGGAGCAAUGGUUUUCUUUGGGGGCUGAAAAUGAAAAUAGAGCUUUUCCUCAUCUUCAAGAGCUUUAUAUUGAUAACUGCCCUAAGCUAACAGGAAGAUUGCCCAUCCAUUUUCCUUCUUUAGCUAAACUUGAGAUCAGGGAAUGUCCGUUGCUAGGGGCUUCACUCCCAAGGGAUCCUGCUAUAUGUCAAUUGAAUCUAACAUGUGGUGAGGACCUGUUAAAGAAUUUGCCAGCUAAAAUACAGGUUCUCAAAGUUGGAGGAUUUGAUGCACUAGAUUCCCUAGCCGUGGGAAUGAUGGAGUCCAACUGUUCUCUUCAAGAGUUAGAAAUCUCUAACUGUACCUCACUUGUUUCUCUUCAAGAGCUUCCAAUGCAUGGGAUCUUUUCAUCACUUAAAACAUUGUACUUGAUAAAUAUUUAUGAUUCUUUGAGCUCCUUCCCAUUGGACUUAUUCCCAAACCUUUGUGAUAUCUAUAUCUUUAGGUGGGGGAAUUUGGAAUCUCUUACAAUGUCAGAACAAUGUGAACAUGAUUUAAUGAUCGUGAACAUACGAAUAAUAGAUUGCCCUUGUUUUGUAUCUUUUCCAAAAGGUGGAUUGCGUGCCCCCAACCUUACAUUGCUUUGGGUUUGGAAUUGUGGAAGUUUGAGGUCAUUGCCAGAUAAGAUGCACUUUUUCCUCCCAUCUCUUGAGGAUUUGCAAAUAGUUGGCUGUACAAAAGUUGAGUUGUUUCCUUUGGGGGGCUUGCCUUCUAAUCUAAAAUCGGUCUCCAUUGUUGAUUGUGACAACCUCGUUGCUGGACGAAUGGAAUGGGGUUUGCAAAAGCUCCCCUUUCUUAAAAGUUUGUUUAUUUGUGGCGAAAAGGGAGAUGCAAAGUCCUUUCUGGAGGUGGGAUUGCUGCCCCCGAAUUUGACUGCUCUUCAAAUAAAGAAUUUUCCAUGUUUAAAAUCUUUGGAUAAAAGUGGGUUUCAACACCUCGCCUCUCUUGAAGAAUUGCGGAUCGAUAAUUGUCCUAUGCUCAAGUACAUGCCAGAAGAGGGGUUGCCUGCCUCCAUUUCUGUUUUACUUAUCAACAGUUGUCCUUUGCUAAAGAAACAACUUCACAAGAAAAAAGGAAAAGAAUGGUUCAAGAUUGCUCAUGUCCACCUAAUAAUGAUUGAUGAUGAAUUGAUUGAAUGAGCUAAAUGUCUAGCAAGAAUCUCCACUUAGAAUUUAGAAGAUCUAAGCGCUCGAUUAUGACUUGACAAAGCAGAUGUAGGCAUAUAGAAUCUGAUGCCCUGCUUCUCACAUCAUCUAAUGCAAUUGCCAAAUCAAGAUUGCCGAAAUUUUGUCCUUUUUUUUUCUUCAUAAGUGUGGGAUCUGACCUACCAUUCAGUGUCUUUUCUUGGAAAAGGGGGCCUACUAUCCAACCCGCACUGCCCCAACUGAAGUUAUUGCUGUUUCUUAUGCCUUCAAUAAUCAAAUUUUUGAGAUGAGAAAUUGCAGCUGUGUAUUAGAGGGUGAUAUUAUCUGUUGGCUAAAUAAUGCAGGUGAAAGUGAAAGGCCUCAAGAAAGUUAUUUUUUAGAGAGAUUUGCAUGUGGUGGUGACUGUCUUUCUCGACCAGGACCUUCCUCUCAAGUGGCACCUAGAGCCUUUUAUCUCUUAAGCACGGCUUCUUCUAAAUCACAUUCUAGCUUGGUAUGUUCGCAAAGUUCACCGCGGUGCGAAUCUAGCUGGAUGACCAUAUGAAUUGACAUAGUGAAAGUAUUCCUAUUUCCUAUCUGCACCCGUUUCUCCCGCAGUUUGAGUUGUUUUUAGCUUUAUACUUUGUCUUUCUUUGUUUGUAUGCUUAUUUGCCCAGGAAAAAAAGAACUGGUUUGUUUUGUAGGACACCCAAAUGUCAUUGUUGUUGGUCUGUAUCUUGUAUAAUAAGAAAGUCUGUAAGCACUAAAAACUUCAAUAAAGAGGGCAAAAUUGUUGCUUUCUA